GCGAAGUUGAUAGCAGGGUAACCAGUGUCAGUGCAUAAACGCGUAGUGGUUGUGUCAUUUUUGGUCAUUUUUGCCCGACGAGAUUUGACAGAAAAGAGAUCAUGACUUCGCUUCUCGUGCCGGAAAUUCCGUCGCCAGGCUUUUCCUUCGAUCUUUGCCAGAGGAACAAUACCUUGAUCGAGAAAGGCUUCGCCGCUCCGAAAGCCGUCAAGACCGGCACUACUAUCGCUGGCAUUGUAUACAAGGACGGCGUUAUUCUCGGCGGUGACACGCGGGCUACUGAAGACACCAUUGUCGCUGACAAGUACAGCCUGAAGAUUCAUUAUCUCGCACCCAACAUGUAUUGCUGCGGAGCUGGGACAGCUGCCGAUACCGAAAUGACCACUGAGAUGAUAUCCAGCAAGUUGGAGCUGCACCGUCUCAACACCGGCCGUGUCGUGCCCGUAUGCACCGCGAAUAUGCUGAUAAAGCAGAUGCUGUUCCGCUAUCAGGGUCACGUCGGCGCCGCGCUCAUCCUCGGUGGCCACGAUCUCGACGGACCGCAGUUGUACUGCAUUUAUCCGCACGGAUCUACUGAGAAAUUAAAGUACACUACUAUGGGAUCCGGCUCGCUGGCGGCCAUGGCAGUCUUCGAGAGCAGAUGGAAGCCCGACUUAUCGGAGGAGGAGGCGAAGCUGCUGGUGGCGGACGCGAUUCGCGCGGGUGUGUUCAACGACCUGGCGUCGGGAUCCAACGUGGAUCUGUGCGUCAUUCGCAAGAGCGGCGUCGAGUACAUACGACCGUACGACACCGCGAGCGUGAAGGGUAAACGACAGAUCAGUUAUCGUUACAAAGCCGGCACUACUGCUGUGCUGAAUAAGACGGUGCAGCCGAUCAUCAUCGAGGACGAGACGGUGCACAGAAUCGAGUCCGAGCCAAUGGACACGUCCUCGUAAAGUUCCGUUAAGUAAUUCAGCGUUCUAAACUUAAGUUAUAUAGUAAAUUUUCUCCAAACACUGAAGCGCCUGUUGCCAAGGUCAUCAGAUAUUUGUAAUAAAGAUUGCUAUGACGUCGCA